AUGUCAUCGUCGCAGACCAUGACAGCGCCAGCGGUGGGCCAUCGGCCUCCUGAUGCUGGUCCCAGCAUGUCGUCCGUCUACGACUACGGUCCAUCGCAGCAUCCUGACCAUCCGCCUCCCUCCCCGCCCAGCGACUCCGCAAUCCGCGCUCUGCACGAUUCUGCCUCCCCUGCCAAUGUCCAUGGCGCCUCCUUCUCCUCCCCCCUGCCCGCCACGAUGCCCGUCAAAUCGGAGCCUGAGGACUCCAAUCUGUCUGCCUCCGACGCCCUGCCCGAUGCCAAUCCCAAUGUUCGUCGUCAGUCCGCCGCCAGUGCCCUGCUAGCCCAACUCCUCGGCAACCAAUCCUCUGCGCCGUCCGACGCUGGUGGUCCAGAUCAACCCGUGCCGCCGCCGGCGGACCCAGAAACCGCCUACCACCACUCUCCUCCUCACCACCUCCCCGAUCUCCCCCAACCACAACAUCAUCCCCCACCACCACCACCACCCCCCGGGCCGGACGAUGGCAUGAAUGGCCACGAUUGGUCCGCAGAUCCUCCGGCAGAGUCCCUGGCCGCCGUCGACUCUUCCGAGGCCCAGGAUCAGAAUCCCGUCUCCCUCGGGGGUCUGCUGCCGCCGUUCCAGCCGGAGGAGAAAAUUUCGGACGAGGCCUCUGCCAUGGCCUUUUCGAACCCCGACCUCGACGAUGCCCUGCCCGCCAAGUCCGCCGAUCCCAUCGAGGGCCUGACGGAUCCUCUGCUGCUGUCCAAGUCCGGUCUCGACCACCCCGACCUGUUUACGCCCUUCGAUAUCACCGGCGCUCCGAAGACCCCCUACGAGGCAUUGCACCAGAAUGAGAUGCUGACGGCCGCCUACCUGUCCCAGAGUGCCGACCUCUCCGCCCUGGGGUACUCGGGGGCCACUCUGCAUCAGGAUGGAGCCGGCUCGAUGUCCGGGUCGGAACCCCGGAUUCAGGCUUUUGCGAAACUGGAAUUCGACGACGGCCAUUUCUACUGUAACACAUACUCGUUCAUCCUGGGUCGAGACGUUCGAGCGGCCCGGGCUGCUCAUGAACGGGAAUUGCAGGCUCGUCAGGCCGUGAGGACGUCUCGCGCGAAAAGUUCGAGCGGUGGCAAUACGUCGCAUACUCCCGUCCGAGUAAAACACGAAGGCAGCGGAAUCCUAGGGAGCGUGGUCAGCGAUCGUGGUGGAAUCCUCGGCUUCGACCCUGACGUUCCGCCGCAUCUGCCGCGGGUGAGUCGCCGGUCGUCCAAUUCGUCUCAUGCCGAGUCGGGCGCGCCGCUGCAUGCGACCCCGGCCCAGCUGCAGUCCACCACCGACUACAAUGCUCUGGCCAUGCAAUCGCUAAACGACGGUAAUGGGGACGCGAAACCGGUCGAUACCCUCGCUCUACUCCCUUCUCCCGAUGCUUGUCCGACUAUCCCCAUUCACCCCCCAGCGACGGUCGAUGGAACGGCCGCCGGACAUCGAGGGAUCUCGCGGAAACAUGUCAAGAUCGCGUACAAUUUCGAGGGGAAUUUCUUCGAGAUGGAAGUGAUGGGGAGGAACGGUGCCUUUAUCGGGGCCGAUUGGCUAUCGCCGGGUCAACUUCGACCUCUACACAGUGGUGAUUAUAUCCAAAUCGGCGGCGUGCGCAUCCGCUUCUUGUUGCCAGACGUUCCCAUUGGCGAGACGGGCGCAGAGGUUGCCGAAGAGCCGUUCGCCGACGAUGAAAACGCGCAGAUGUCCGUCGUGGCCGGCGAGAAUGACUUCGUCGACGACAAACCUGGCCUGGAAGGCUCGGAGAACAAGGACGGUACGCGACCUACGAAGCUCGUGUUGAAGACCAAGGAUUCCGAUUCCACACGACCCGUCCCGUCCAUUGAAGGCUCAGGGGAUGGCCAGCAGCCGAUCCGGCGUCGUGGCCCCGGACGACCUCCAAAGGAUGGGAUCAUGUCGAAACGCGAGCGUGCCGAAUUGGCUCGAGAGCAAAAGAUGGCUGCGAAACGCGAGGCCAACGGCGGCGUGACUCCUCCGCCCAAUCGACCGAAAGCUGGCAAGGCUCCCGUCAUGGGUGCCCCGUCUACCACCCCCAAGGAGUCCGUUGGGGCCGAGUCGCCCGGGUCGAAGCCGGAGAAGCGCAAGUACACGAAGAGGAAGAAGCCCGACGGCACGUCGAUGGACUUCCCCCUGCCAUCCACGGAAGGAGGCCAAUUCCCCAUGGAGCAACGGCCCGAGGACUUCAUCAAGGCUCCUCCCGUCAAGAAGCGCAAGCCGUCUCGGUCGCCAUCUCCCAACUAUCCACCCGAAUCGGCCUACACGCCGGAGGAUCUCGCAAAGCCGCCAUACAAUUAUGCGGUUCUUAUCUUCGAUGCUCUCACCGAGGCCGGUACACCCAUGACCCUCAAGCAGAUCUACCGCGCCCUGAAGCUCAAGUACCCGUAUUUCCGCUUCAAGUGCGAGACCGAAGGUUGGACGUCGAGUGUACGGCACAAUCUCAACGGCAACAGCCAUCUCUUCAUGCACGCCGAACGAGAUGGCAAAGGAUGGUCCUGGCAAUUGCGACCGGGCGCCUCGGUCGAGAAAGAGAAGAAGAGGCGUCCGUCUCCUCCGCCGGUGUCGCAGCCUCCAUCGAUGCCGGCUACCACUCCGCAGUAUAUGCCUCCGAUGACUUCGCCGUAUGCCAGUCAGCCCAACGGACAAACGGGCAUGGCCAGCGCGCACUUCCAAUUCCCGACCAUGCCGCCAUCCAAUCCGUACACUGCGCCAUCGCCGGCACCACCACCUGCUCCAGCGGCCGCACCACCACCACCGCCGCCGCCUCCUGCUCCUGUCUCUGCUCCUGCUCCUGCUCCUCCUUCGCAGCAACCGAGUCCUUUUCCCCUUCCACCGCAGGCUUCCGCCUCCACUCCGUUCCCUAUCCCCACCCCGCUCCGAAACAACCUUCCGCCUGCUUUUGCUCAAACCACUCCGUCCACCUACACCUCCCCUUAUGCUUCCGACCCUCCGCCACAACUCGUCCAAUUCCAGCAAUCGCAGCAAACACAGCCGCCAUCUCAAUCGCAGGCCAUUCCACCGCAGCCACAGUCGCAGCCGCAACCGCAGCAGCAUCAGCCGUCCCCUUAUCCACCGCAACAUCCUCCGCCGAUGUCAAGCUUCCCUCCUCAACCACAGCAGAACCUCGCCCCUGCUUCUGGGCCGCCUCCCCAGCAUCCACCCAACCCCAACGUUGCACCCAGCGACGCCGGGCCGGGAGGACCCAUGGAUCACUCCGAAGCGUUAUCGUUCAAUGAGCGGGCCAACAAGGCCAUUGACGAUUUCGAGGCGGUUCUGAUGGAGGACUACGAGGACAAGAACUAUAUCCGGGAGGUACUGAAGAGUUCGCGGGCUCGCGUGCUGGGCGAGGCAACGGAGAGUUCAUUCCCCGGGGGUGAACCGAAAGAUGAAGCAGUCAUCCUUGACGCGUUGCGCAAUCUGAUCGGCAGCUUGAAGGAUCAAUAG